CGAGGACGAGAUCGGGGUGAUGUGGGAAUGACCGAGCAUCAUUUCAGGUCAUGGAGUUUGGACGAGUUUAUUUAAGAUAUAAAAGAGCAGCUCUGCUGUUUGUAAUGAUGUUCAAACUGGGUCUGUUCUGCACAGUGACAGGCGACAACUGUCUAUCUUCCCCUUGUCAAAACAAUGGCACAUGCAUACCUACUAUCUCUGGCUACUUGUGUCAAUGUUCUCGUUCUCCUCUCAUACACGUCGGUGACAACUGUGAGCAUUUACAUGACCCCUGUAAAUACACCGACUGCCCAAACUGCAUCAGCACUCCGGGAACAGAGAACUACACCUGCCCGUGUCCGGACGGCUUCAGCGGACCCAACUGCACGCACAACAUCAACGAGUGCCAGAGCAACCCGUGCACGGGCAUCAGAAACCAUUGUGUUGAUGGCGUUGAUGGAUAUUCCUGUCACUGUCCCAGUGGAUACAGCGGCGAUGAUUGUCAGACUCGGGUACGAGACUGCACAGAUGACCCAUGCUUCAAUAACGCCACCUGUGUUUGGACACGGGAUGGGUACGAGUGCCAGUGUGUCGGGGGCUUUGAGGGUCAACACUGUGAAGAAGAUAUCGACGAGUGUCUGUCACAGCCCUGCAGGAACGGUGCCAUCUGUGUGGAUGGUAUUGAUGUGUAUCAGUGUUACUGUGUGCCGGGUUUUCAAGGUUUCCACUGUGAGAUUGACAUCAAUGAAUGCGCCUCUCAGCCCUGCGAGAACAACGGGACGUGUGUCAAUGAGAGGGAUCGCUACAUCUGUGAAUGUCUGAACGGGUUUACAGGAGUGAAUUGUGAAGUUGAGAUCGAUGAAUGUGAAGCGACGCCCUGUCAGAACGAAGCCACCUGUCACGAUCACGUGGGACUUUACACCUGCGAAUGUUUUCCUGGAUAUGAAGGCAUUAACUGUGAGCUGAACAUCGAUGAGUGCGACAGUUCACCCUGUCUGAAUGCCGGCCGAUGUGUGGAUCUGGUGAACAGUUAUGAGUGUGACUGUAGUGGCACUGGAUUUGUGGGAUCUGUCUGUGAUGAAGACAUACCUGAAUGUGCAUCUGAUCCAUGUCAACACGGCUCCAGCUGUCAGGAAGGAGUUAAUCAAUACACCUGUCUCUGCUGGCCAGGUUUUGCAGGUGAGAACUGUGAGGUGGAUGUAGAUGAGUGUCAAUCUCAGCCGUGUGAGAAUGAUGGUGAGUGUUUCCAGAGAUCCAGCUCAAGUCUCUACAGAGUUCUGUCUGAACUGGACACAGAUUUCACCUUUGAGCAUGCGGCGGGUUACCUGUGCCAUUGCCGCUCUGGAUUUACAGGUGAAAAUUGCUCGGUGAAUGUGAAUGAAUGUGAAUCCACGCCGUGUAAGAAUGAAGGCACCUGUGACGAUCUCAUCAAUGCAUAUCGGUGCACGUGUGCGCCGGGGUUCACAGGUGUUGUUUGUGAAAUGAACAUCGACGAGUGUGAGUCCGAGUCGUGUCGGAAUGGAGCUCGGUGUGAAGAUGCCAUCAAUGACUACGUAUGUCACUGUCCUCCUCCCGGACCCGAGCAGCUGCCCUGGGGCGGCCAUGACUGUGACAUCACUCUGACCGGCUGCGUGGACCACCCGUGCCAAAACGGUGCCACCUGCACACCUUCACUGCACGGAGAUGAGCACCAGUACACCUGCCAAUGCCCUGCUGGUUUCUAUGGUGAUGCAUGUGAUAUGUCCACCACCUUCUCCAUCUCCGCAGGGACUCAUCUGGUGGUGGAAGUUCCGCAUAGUAACCGAACCCGCAGGCAAGCUGGAGACCAAGGGCCAAGUGUCCGGCUGAGGUUUAGGAGCACAUUACAGGAUGCAGUUUUGUUUUACCGGGGAAGCCGUGAGCAUUUUUUUAGACUGGAGUUAAUUGAUGGAGAUCUCGUCUCCAUUGCUGAAUCAGGGGACUUGAAGCUCGUUGCUCAUCUAAGAGGAGAUUUCAGCGAUGGACUCUGGCAUGAAGUUUUGGUCCGUGUGGAUGAGAAACUGAUUCUGAGUCUGUUAGCGGAGAACAAGACGACAGUUGAGGAUGGAGAUCAUAACCUGCUUCUGUCCUUUCAGACUCACGGUUUGGAGAAGGUUUUUAUUGGUGGAGUUCCACAGGAAUACGUGAACCACACAGGAACCAGUACGGGAUUCGCUGGCUGUUUUGAGGAUCUCUUGAUAGAUUCGAAGACAGUUCUUCCUCAAGAUCUUACGCCGGAGUUGGACGUUCAGAUGGGCUGCGAGAGGACUGAACGGUGUCAUCCAGACCCCUGCUCUGAUCGUGGUCAAUGUGUGGACCUUUGGUGGGAUUAUUGGUGUGAAUGCAGAAGGCCUUUCUAUGGCCCCAACUGUUCCGAAGAGCACUCAUCGUGGACGUUCAGUUCCGAGCGGAGCAGAUCCUUCGCUGCGUUUCCCAUCACACAAAAUCACGGAUUCAAUUUCACCGCAUCAUUCUGGCUGAAAACACGUCAGUUAAAUGGCCUAAUCCUUCAACUGAGGCGUCGGAAUCACGCUUACCUCACAGUUUUAAUAAAGAACGGCUCAAUUCACGUGGCAGUGAACACCUCCAUCAGAAACACCUCUAAGUUCAUAGAUGAUGGGACGAAACUCUUUGCGACGAUAAAAAAAGAGCGAGGCUUUAUAUUCUUUAAUGAAGAUCAGCUGUUUACUCCUCGAGAUUUUGUGGAUUUUGAAGUGGAGUCAGGAGAUGUGGCGUAUCUCGGUGGACUCUCUGAAGGAGUAGACACGGCAAAGUGGAGUGGAUAUUUUAAAGGCUGUCUGCAGGACGUCCGGAUCGACGACGUGCAACUGCACAUGUACUCGGGCAAUAUCAGCCAAAAACCACUACAUCCAAGCUACUUACCGAGAAACUCAUCAAAUCUACUGGAACACUGCAUUGGUGACCAAAUGUGUAAGAUGAAGCCAUGUCAGAACGGAGGAAAUUGUUUCGACGUCUGGAAUGACUUUGAGUGUCACUGUCCUCUGAACUUCUCCGGAAAGACAUGUGACACGCCGGUGUGGUGUGUUAGCAAUCCGUGUGUUCCUGGGAGUCGAUGUUUAGAUUUACCUGAUGGGUACGAGUGUUUAGCCAACUCCACGUUUCAGAGCAACGCUUUGAAGUUCAAUGCCACCGGAUCCCUGCGUAUCUCCGUGACAAACAUCUCAAUCGAGCUGCGAACCCGUGAGGUGAACGGAACGCUGUUGCGUGCUUCAAACGGUUUGGAGUUCUUCUGCAUGGGCCUUCUGAAUUCCUCCCUGAUAGUGAAGCUCCGCGGCGGGAACAGUUUGGAAACUCAAGCUUUCGUCAGCAAAGUGCCCGUUUCCGACGGCGAGUGGCACCAGGUGGAACUUUUCACAUCCGGUUCGCCCAAUGCAGCAUCUCGAUGGCACCUCAGCGUGGAUGGCGUUGAAGCUGGCGACAGCCUGGCAGCGUCUGGCAACAUGGACUUUUUCAACCACUCCGUCGUGUGGUUGGCUGAAAACUUCACCGGCUGUUUGGGCGAGGUACGGAUUGGUGGUGUGUAUCUACCAUUUGCUGGAGUCCUAGAGGAGGAAGUGCCGCAAACGUCAAAGUUCAUCCGGAUCGGUGAGGUGGCGAAGCCUCAGCUGGGAUGUUACGGCGCACCUUUGUGUAUUUUGGAGCCUUGCCAGAACAACGGUACGUGCAGGGACCUCUUCAAUCUCUUCCAUUGUGAAUGUGCCCCGGGAUGGAUGGGGGAUCUGUGCCAGGAUAACAUAGAUGAGUGCGGCCAACAGCCUUGUGUCUAUGGGACCUGCAGAGAUUUGCCGGGAGACUACGAGUGUCUGUGUGCUGCCGGCUAUAGUGGUGGAAACUGCCAGGUGGAGGUAGAUGAGUGCCAGGACCAUCGCUGUGAGAACGGUGGGUCAUGUGUGGAUGCUGUUGGUGGAUACACCUGCGUUUGUCCACCUGGUCACACGGGCCCGUUCUGCCAGUUGCUUUUUCCUCCUCAGCAGUGUGAAGUUGAUAUUCAGUGUGAGAAUGAAGGCACGUGUACUGAUGGAUUAUGGGGGGCAAACUGUACGUGCAGACCAGGGUUCACUGGAGAGAGAUGUGAAGUGGAUCUAGAUGAAUGCGAGUCCAACCCCUGUCUCAAUGGCGGCACCUGUGUGAACCGAUCAAACUCGUACUUCUGUGAGUGUGUGUCUGACUUCAGCGGAGAAAACUGUCAGAAUACUAAACAGCUGCAGAGUGAAGGAGUGCCAUGGCUGCUGGUGGCCGUCCCGCUGGUGUGUCUCGGCACUCUUCUGGCAUUCGUGGCACUGGUUUGCAUGGUUCUCACUGCCAGACGGAAACGCCGGUCGGAGGGGACGUACAGCCCGAGCCAACUUGAGGUAGCUGGAGCCAGAUUGGAGAUGGGGAGUGUGUUGAAAGUGCCUCCAGAGGAGCGACUCAUCUGAUAAACAUACACGGUAUAAAAACUUCUUAAAGUGAGAAGGAUAUGUGGCCAACAUGUGUGUCAGGGCACACGAGUGCGUCACAUACAAACAUCAUGGAAGACAAACCAUGGUGGAGAUGGAGUCUAUGAUCCGACGGCAAGUUUUAUCCACUGGAUCGAACUUUCAAAGCCAUAACAGUGAAAAACUGUGAUCAUUGUGCAACUGUUAUGACGAAGGUUCUUGACUCGAACGGACGUUGUGUUCUGUUUGUGUAAUAGCAUCUCAUGUGAUGUUUUCUUUAUACUUUUGUUAUGUUGUCAGCAAUCCGUAAAUGCCACACAGAUGCUUGUGUACCUCUGUCCCAGUGCCAUUCAUAUCAGGCCAAUCUUUUCCUCAUCACGGUUUCAUUUCUGGUACUUGUGGAUAAAAGUCUAAGCACACUGUAUUACUUUUUUGCCGAAUGCUUCAUAAUGAUGACAUCACAUUACUCUGCCUAAUGUAAAACUUAAGUAUACUUAAAAAUAAGUAGACUUCAUUUCACGAAGUACAAAGUUUGACAUACAAUGUCCAUGUAUUCAAGUAUACUUUACUGUAGUCUACCUACAAGUCAGUGUUCUAUUUCAAUGCUACUUGGGACGAAUUUGGGCCGCUUUUUAGUUUAAGUGUGCUUUAAAGUACACAACUAGUUUACAAUCAUGCUUUUCUAUAUAGAAGGGAUAUUUAUGGGAAGAACCUAAAAGGUUGAUAAAAAGUGUUCGUAUUUUAGUUUAUGAAAAUAUUAGUUGACUUUUAUUUAAGAAUUUUAAGACUAGAGAUGGAUCGCAUUGGUCAACUAGUCGUCUUACAGUAGACAGUCAGUUAGCUAAUUAGAUUAGUUUGAUGUAUUUAAUAUUUUUUCACUGUAGACAGUUUGCACAGUUUUACGCUCUUGAAAUCCAAAGCAAUGCUAGGUACAGUUCUAUUGAAAGAUCUUUAAAAAUAAUUUAAAGAUAGAAAUUGUGGAAUCCUUUUAGUACAUUUGAGAUUUUUUUAACCAAAUUAUACACAAACUUUAUUAAAACUGAAGAGUCAUAAACAACCCAUCAGCAGUUUCAUAAGAGAAUAUUUUUUUGCUACCAGUACUUGUGUAUGUCUGGCAAAAACAGGCAAGUUUUUGAAUGUAUUUGUUAAAAUAUUGUGAUGUUUGAAUCACACUGCUGUGCCUUGAUAUAAUCAUACAAGUGAAUAUGUCCACCUGUUUUCUUACUCUCUUUACAAGGUUUUCAUGUGUUCAAACAGCUCUGAAAUCAUUGUUUUGCAUACACUGGAUUGGUUUCAAGAUUUGCUUAAUGCUCACAGGAUGUAACAGAUAUUUAAUGAAGGUCACUGACUCACUGGAGCCCAAAAUAUUAGUUUGAGAUGUGAUCUUAUCACUGGAUUCUUGUGUGUUUGCGUGUGUGCAUCUAUUUCUUUUCUGUUAUUAUUAUUAUACUGUCAGAUGUGAUGACUAUCUUUGUGUUUUUUUAUAUUUGAAUUGUUUAUACUUUUCCUUUCUACUGAAUGUGUGUAAUGACAGGAUGAACAAAGCAGUUAAAAAGAAAUCUGUGAAUCUAACCAAUUAAAACGGCUUUAUAUUUAAUUCAAAUGAAUUUGCAAAUAAAUCGGUCUGG